GUCAAAUAUAUGUCUUUUUCAUAAUUAUUUUAUUUAUGUUAUGUUGUAAACCUGUGUCAAUGGUUCGGUUGUCAAAUAGGUUAUUUUCAUCAUAGCAAAAUUGUAGUUUUUCUCAUCAAAAGAGCUCUUCAUCUCCAUCAUUUAUGUGAAAAAGAAUGUUUUCACUACAAAAUCAUAAUCAGGCCUUUGCUACAUUAACGCAAUUCUCAUCAAAGAUAAAUACAAGACACUCUGUUUACCUAAAAAAGUCUUCUGCGGGAAAACAAAAUUCUGCUCAGAAUUUUCUUUGUUUAGAUAGUUUUCUAGAAACUGCAAAAAAUUGUGAUUUUUCAUUUGCCAAACAUUUAAAUUCAAAAUCUUUGUUUGAAAGCAAUUUUAAAAACAAUUUCAAAGUUUCCUAUACAUCUAGUAAUACUUUCUUUGAAAAUAAGCAUGGAUUUUCUGAGAAUGACUUAAACAGAACUGUUCCUACAGUUAUAUUAAAGAACAACAAAGUUCAAAUUCCAAAUGGAUUUUACCAAAAUUUAGUAUCUGGUCUACUGACCGAAAACCGUUUUUCGUUCAAUGUACAGCUGAGAACAUUUAAGACUGAUAGGAACAUAAAAGCAGAACUAUUGCGAAACCCUCCACUAACAGACAGAGUAAAAAAUGUAUUGGGUGUGAGUGGGACUGAAAAUGUCGACUCCAAAACAUCCACAUCUCCAGAUAAAUUAAAGCAAAUGUUGAAUUCUGAUGAAAAACUUAAUGAAACUGAAAAACAGAGAUUAAAGUUGGCAUUUGCAGAAGGUUAUUUAAUGGGAAAUAAUUCUUCAGGCAAAACUGGCAAAUCUGCAAGAUAUUUGAAAGUUGUAACACAAGUUUUAACUGUGUUUAUAUUUUUAGCUAUUAUUUUUAGUCUUUUAGCUAGUGCUAGUGGAUCUGUAUUUAGAAUACAGCUUGGAAAUCAAGUUGAAGUUGAUCCUGAAGAUAUACAUGUUACAUUUGAAGAUGUCAAGGGUGUCGAUGAGGCAAAACAAGAACUUAAAGAUGUAGUGGAAUUUUUAAGAAGUCCUGAUAAAUUUUCAACUUUAGGAGGAAAAUUACCAAAGGGUGUCUUAUUAGUUGGUCCUCCAGGUACAGGAAAGACAUUGUUAGCCAGAGCAGUGGCUGGUGAAGCAGGUGUACCAUUUUUCCAUGCCGCUGGACCAGAAUUCGAUGAAGUUUUAGUUGGACAAGGAGCUAGAAGGGUCAGAGAUUUGUUUAAAGCAGCAAAAAAACGAGCGCCCUGUGUAAUAUUUAUUGAUGAAAUUGAUUCUGUGGGUUCUAAACGUACAAAUAGUGUGUUGCAUCCAUAUGCCAAUCAAACAAUCAAUCAAUUACUAAGUGAAAUGGAUGGCUUCCAUCAAAACGAAGGGGUCAUUGUAUUAGGGGCAACAAAUAGGAGAGAUGACUUGGACCAAGCACUUUUAAGGCCAGGACGAUUUGAUGUUGAGGUAACUGUACCUACUCCUGAUUAUACCGGUAGAAAGGAAAUAUUAGGCUUGUACUUAAGUAAAAUUCUAGCUAGGGAUGUAGAUUUAGAAUUAUUGGCGAGAGGGACUACAGGAUUCACUGGAGCAGACCUGGAGAAUAUGGUUAACCAAGCGGCUUUGAGGGCAGCGAUAGAUGGUGCAGAUUGUGUCAAUACGAAACAUUUAGAAUCAGCAAGAGACAAAGUCCUUAUGGGCCCAGAACGAAAAUCCCGCAUUCCAGAUGAAGAAGCCAAUAUGAUUACGGCAUACCACGAAGGCGGUCAUGCCAUAGUCGCUUACUAUACUAAAGAUAGCCAUCCGUUACAUAAAGUGACGAUUAUUCCUAGAGGACCCAGUCUAGGUCAUACUGCUUACAUUCCUGAAAAGGAACGAUAUCACAUUACAAAAUGUCAAUUGCUUGCUAUGAUGGAUACCAUGAUGGGUGGCAGGGCAGCUGAGGAGCUAAUUUUUGGUCCAGAAAAAAUUACUUCAGGUGCGAGUUCAGAUCUGAAACAAGCUACAUCGAUUGCGACCCAUAUGGUCAGAGACUGGGGUAUGUCUGAAAAAAUUGGACUUCGUACGAUGGUUGAUAACUCAAAAGCUUUUCAUCCAGAAACAUUGGGGCCUUCUACCAGUGAAGCAGUCGAUAGUGAAAUUAAGAAAAUCCUUACUGACAGUUACGAACGAGCAAAGCAAAUACUAAAAAUUCACGCUAAGGAGCAUAAGGCAUUAGCCGAAGCUUUAUUAAAAUACGAAACAUUAGAUGCAGAAGACAUAAAAGCCAUAAUGUCAGAAAAAACCAGCGAAAAGAAAAAAUCUUAGGAUUAAUAAAAUAUUUUUUU